AAGUUUUAAUGAGAAAGCAAAACUUUUAAUUUCUCUUCAGUGGACGACUUAAGAUAAACUAAUUACCCAACAACAUUUAAGUUAAUCUUCUUAAUUAUCCAUUAAUUUAGAUUUAGCUAUAAAAUUCAGUCGAAAUGAAAUUUGAUAAAGAAAAACUUAAUAAUCUUAAUUUUAAGAAAAUAGCUUUAAUAUCGUCGCUUUCCCUCGUGGGUGCGUUAAUCUUCUCAUAUGGUUUGUUUCCCCCAAUUUUAAGAUUUGUACUGAAAUUGAAAAUGCAACUUAAAAAGGGUUCCCUAAUGCGAACGAUGUUUGAUGUAAUUCCUUUCCCACUGGUUUUCAAAAUACAUGUUUUCAACAUAACAAACCCUGACGCUAUAAUGAGAGGAGAAAAGCCUAUUGUUGCUGACAUCGGACCUUAUGUCUUCGAAGAAUGGAAAUUACGUGAAAACUGGGAGGAAGAUGUCGUUGAAGAUACUUUGACAUAUGAUUUUAAGAAUAGAUUCAUAUUUCGUCCCGAGUUAUCAAAUGGACUAACUGGAAAUGAAAUAGUUCAGUAUUCAAACUUGGUUUUGCUUGGAGGAUUGAUGGCUGUGAAAAGGGAUCGAGAAGCCAUGUUGCCUAUGGUGACAAAAGCAUUGAUGAGUAUAUUUAAGAACCCAGACUCAGUUUUCAUGCGAGCACGUGUCAUGGAUAUCCUUUUUGAUGGCUUAAAAUUCGAAUGUAAAGGCGAUGAUUUCACUGUCGAUGCUGUGUGUUCAGCAAUAAAAUCAGAAGCCCAAGGGUUAAAAGAAAUUGACGAAACAACUCUCUCCAUUUCGAUUUUCGGCAGUAAAAAUGACACAAGCUUUGGACGGUUUCAUGUACUUCGGGGGGUCAGAAAUAUCAGCGAAUUAGGACAAAUUCAAACAUUCAAUGGAGAAAGCAUGCAAUCUGUCUGGGAUGGGGAUGAAUGUAACAAAAACAUUGGAACUGACAGCACACUUUUCCCUCCUUUCAUGACACAAGACAUGGGAUUGUGGACAUUCACGCCAGAUAUAUGCAUGUCGUUACGAGCCCAUUAUCUAGAACCAUCGUCCUACGCUGGAAUGCCCACUUGGCUUUAUUCGUUAGAUUUCGGAGAUUUUAAGAAUGAACCUGAAAAGCAUUGCUUUUGUUAUGACCCUCCAGAUGAUUGCCCACCUAAAGGUACUAUUGACUUAAUGCCAUGCGUUGGAGUUCCAGUUUAUGGUUCUAAGCCACAUUUCCUUGACACUGAUCCAAAACUUUUAGAAAAUGUUGGAGGAUUGAAUCCCAACCGAACCAUUCAUGAUGUGUUUGUCAAUAUUGAAGGGAUUUCAGGAACAAUUUUUGAAGGCUAUAAACGAUUCCAACUCAACCUUGCAAUUGAACCUAUUGAAGACUUUGAAAUGAUGAGCAAACUUCCAAAAGUUUUGUUGCCGUUGCUUUGGCUCGAGGAAAGCGUUCAAUUGAAUAAAACCUAUACAAAUAUUCUUAAAUAUCAAUUGUUCUUAGGGCUCAAGUUUAAUUUUGUUGUGAAGUGGAUGGGAAUUGUUUGUGGCACAGCUGGAAUGUUGCUUUCAGGAUUCAUGCUUUACCAACAACAGCAGCAGCAAAAACAACAAUCACCAACGACAGUAUCAUCAGCGACGUCGGCAAUCGACGACGACGACAAAGUAAACAAGAAUAUUGCCAACAACGUAAGAUCUUAUAGUGUUGGAGUAUCGGAAGCUGUCAAGUAAAGUGACGGCAAAUGAACAAACAAAACAUUCUUACACUCUUCAAUUAAAAAUCUUUUUCUUUGGAAUUUCCAUUUGUUAAUUGAAGAGAUUUAAAGUUAAUUUGACAUUGAUGUGAAAAUCAUUCGAUAUUACGACGUUGGAAAAAUAUUUACUUAAAUUUACUCAAGUACGAUAAUGCACAUAUUUGAAUUUAAUUAUCAUAGCACAAAAAUUAAAGGUUUAAGUGUAAUUUGCUUCGUUCGAAUAUCUAAUUUAUGUAUAAGCUUGUAUGUAGAAUAAAAUCCUAAGAAAAUUCGCUUUAACUCACGCCAAAC